ACAACACACGCACAAACACAGUUGACUUCGUGCAGUUGAACAUCCUUGUAAAGACUGUCGGUGGGUCUGGCGCGCAGAGCUCGUAAAAACACUUUUAUCGCGGGGGAAAUAAUCCUUUCCCCUAAUUUAUACCGACGGGAUGGACCAGAAGGACACAGAAAUGAACGUAAAGGGAGUUUCUUCCUCAGCCAGCGGAGUUGUUGUCCAAGUCAGAGAAAAGAAAGGACCGUUGCGUGCGGCCAUCCCGUACAUGCCUUUUCCCGUUGCGGUGAUAUGCCUCUUUCUCAACACGUUUGUGCCUGGCUUGGGCACGUUCAUCUCGGCGUUCACGGUGCUGUGCGGUGCCAGGACGGACCUGCCGGACCGUCACAUGUGCUGUGUGUUCUGGCUCAACAUCGCCGCCGCCUUCAUCCAGAUCCUCACCGCCAUCGUCAUGGUGGGCUGGAUCAUGAGCAUAUUCUGGGGGAUGGACAUGGUCAUCCUGGCAAGUUACAAGGAUCAGGGCGUCCCUCAGCAGCUCUGA